AUGAGUUCCGAUCGGUCGUACGCUUUAGAGGUGGCCGUCCAACCACCAACCGUGGCGCAGGUAGGCGUCCCGCUCUAUCCACCAUUGGUCAUCAGGAUGCACGUUCGUGACGGCGACGGAAAUGAGACCUCGGGAGAAGACGAGCUGGGGGGAUUGUUCGCCCACGCUGCGCUCUACAACGAAAGCGGAAACCCGCCAUCAUUGGCACCGCCAGAUAUGUUUCUUCUGUCGGGCCGUCUGUCGCAAUCUCUCGAUCUCCUCAACGAAUCGGGUUCGUCCUCCUCGUCAGGCGAUUACUCGCUGAGCCAGCAGCAAGGCAGCUACGCCAUUUUCCCUGACCUCACCAUCAAUCGUCCCGGGAGAUAUGUCUUGGGCGUCAGUCUGUUCAAGGUUGACGGUGGAAGAACCAUAUGGUCUGCAUCUGCAGUCGCUAACGGUGGGGGCGGCGGAGGAACGAACCUGGAAGAGGCUAAAACGGAUAUGAUAGUUGUCCAGGAAGGCGCGGUAGCCACCCACAUCGAAGAUGAAGAUGAAGAUGAAGAGGAGAUUGGUUUAUGA